CUUCAUCCCGUUGCUCCUCACAGCUGCAACGAUCUUCACAUUCUGAUUACGAAUGCAGCCACCUCGCCACAUGCAAGGAAUUUGCUUUGGCUGGGCAGCAUUCUGAUCCACUGCAAAUGGACUCGGACUCGAAAAGCAGUCCCGGAGACCCAAGCCUUUGCUCGCACUCAGCACAAUCAUUAACCCCCGCUUAAGAUGUCUUCUCAAGAAUCCGAGUCCAUCUCUUUCGGAGCUUCUCUUCCAGAUGCGCUUCAUCCGCUUCUAUCCAUGUCCUCUUCCCACAUCUCGCUCGCCACAGAUCUAUCCACAUUCUUGGCCGAACGAGCCAAUCUGGAACGGGAGUAUGCGGGCAAGCUGCAAAGUAUCACGAAAAAGUGUAGGGAGAAAGUGGAGAGGAGAGCGGUGGAGUGUUUUGCUGGACCAGAACCGAAUUCGAGAGUGGAGCAGAGCGAAGCUUUGAGACAAAGCACUUUGCUCGCAUAUGUCAACAAAAAUCUCGGAGCUUCGGACGAACAUGCGAAUGCGGCAGCUGAACUGGCAGAGCAGCUGGAUGGCGUGGGACAAGAAUUGGGCGGAGGAGCCAAGAAGAGAGCAGAGAUAGUCAAGAAGCACGCUGCGUUCGCGAGCAGAUUGUUAGCAGAGAGGGAUCGAGUGUACAAGGAUCGGCUCAGCGCAAAGUCCAAAUACGACGACUCUUGCGUGGAAUUGGAAAGCGCACGUGCAAAGAAGGUCUCGGCAGAAGCGGAGGGCAAGCAUGUGGAUCGAGCACAAAGAGCCUUUCAGGAAGCAGAGGAAGCGAUGGAAGCGCGAAAGAAUGCAUAUCUGCUAAGCGUAUCCAAUGCCAACCGGGCAAAGGCAGCUUUUUAUAGAGCGUCUUUGCCCGCUACGACUGAUAAUCUUCAAGAACUUUGGACGCUCUCUACAAGCCGCAUCGUCGACGCUCUAGCUUCCGCUUCCGAGCACUCUGCAGAUUACCACGGUCGCCUUAAAGAUGUUUGGGAGGAAGCGGAAGGAGAGAGGCAAAGAGUCGAUGUGGGAGCGGAUCAGACAUUGUAUGUGCAGCUAAACAAGCAGCUCAACGGCUGGCAGGAGCCGCCGGACGAGCAGUUCGAGGAAAGCAAGGGAUUCUAUGAUACCGCCGAAUUUAGGAAUACAGAGGCCGCAAAGGUCUUGUUGCAGAACAGAUUACUGAAAGCUAGAAGUCGGCUGGACGAGCUGUACCCCAUCAUCGAAGCCAAGCGGAAAGAGUCGGAAGGACUCGAGCGCCUACGCGGUGCUUACCUCGAAAACUCGAAGUUGGGCAACGUGGACGAUGUGAUGGAUCAGCUGCUGGAGACGGCUCGCGAGACUUGCUUCCUCGAGUUCCAAGCCUCUGUGGCCGACUCUGAAGCGGAAGAGAUUGUCCAAGUCAUAGGAGACGACUCGAGCGAUGCGAGACCCCACAAGUUCACACCGCACGGCUUCACCAUUCCUACGACUUGUGGCUUUUGUCAGAGUACCAUGUGGGGCAUCAGCGGCAAGCACGGCUUACUAUGUAAACCUUGUGGGUACGCCUGCCAUGCGAAGUGCGAGCCCAAAGUGCCAGCGAGGUGUAGAGCAGGCAAUGCGCCUUCCAAGACUCAUCGACCCAGCACGAGCGUAUCUCUCGGUCUGUCUCGCUCCGCAACGACGGCUUCCAGAGCUUCUGUAGCUUCUGCCAGUUCGUCUAUUGUGGGCGGACCUACAGCUGCUGCGGAUAGAAGAUCUGUUCCUCCUACCGCUAGAGCUGUGCCUCCCACGACCACUACUGCGCCGCACGGAUCAGGAGCUGCGGCUAUAUUGGCUGCUGCUGCUCAGGAUUCCGAGCAGAGCGGAGCAAGCGGCAAGAUGCUCUAUGCGUACGAUUCUAAUGGAGACGAUGAGGUCAGCGUGUCUGAGGACGAGGUUGUGAUCAUCUUGGCUGGCGACGAUGGGGGUUGGUCAAGGGUACAAACAGCUUCUGGUUCGUCGGGUCUGGUGCCCACUUCAUACGUCGAUCAGAGCGCUGUCUCUACCGCACCUACCGCACCAGCGCCCAUUCCAGCUCGACCACCUCCUACUUCCCGGGCGACAAAACCAGCACAGACACCACGAGUCAAACGAGUCACUGCGCUCUACGAUUAUGCGGCUCAAGGGCCCGACGAGAUCGACCUGACCGAAGGGGAACAGGUAGAAUUGACGGGCAAAGGCUUGGCUUUUGGAGAUGGCUGGGCGCAGGGAAGAGAUGCGAAUGGCAGAGUCGGACUGUUCCCAGCUGGGUAUGUUAGGGAAGAUUAGAUGCGGAGCUGCAUUGCUUUGGUUUCCUUGCGCCUUACAAUACGAUGCGUUACGUUACAGUAUUACAAGAAGCUGUCCUCGUCAAUGGCUUGCGCAGGUGGAGCCGGACAGGCACACUCAAUUUCGCCGGAGCCAAUUUUCGGCUGCUGCUGUUUUGUCCGCAGUUCCUGCUUGUCGAUCGGUAU